ACGCCGCCACCAUGCCCAAGAGAAAGGCUGAAGGGGAUGCUAAAGGAGACAAAGCCAAGGUGAAGGACGAACCACAGAGAAGGUCUGCAAGGUUAUCAGCUAAACCUGCUCCUCCAAAGCCAGAGCCCAAGCCUAAAAAGGCCCCUGCAAAGAAGGGAGAGAAGGUACCCAAAGGGAAAAAGGGUAAAGCUGAUGCUGGCAAGGAUGGAAAUAAUUCUGCAGAAAACGGAGAUGCCAAAACAGACCAGGCACAGAAAGCUGAAGGUGCUGGAGAUGCCAAGUGAAGUGUAUGCAUUUUUGAUAACUGUGUACUUCUGGUGACUGUACAGUUUGAAAUACUAGUUUUUAUUAAGUUUUAUAAAAAUGCAAAAUUUUGUUUUACUUUUUUUUUUUUUUUUUUUUUUAAGCUAUGUUGUUAGCACACAGAACACUUCAUUGUUGUGUUUGGGGAAGGGCAUAAGUCACAAAUAGAAAGUCUUCAAAGCUAGACUGCCCUAGGGAGAAAUUAUUUUCCCCGCCAGUUUUGAGGCUUCCUCUUGAUUCCCAAGAGGAGGGAUUCCUUGAUGUUGACACAUUUACCACCUUGGCACCCAAUGCCAUGUGGUGUGGAAAAACUAAAAUGGGUUUUGAUGUCCUGUCUCCCUCUCUGCCUUCAGCAUAGACUCGACUCCCUUAAACCCAGAGAGACCUGUUGAUCCUGGACUCCCAAAAAGUGAUUAUCAGGAUGUUAGGGCUGGACUUGAGAGCCCCCACUGAGGCAGCAGCCCUCAAAGUAAAACGGUUUCC